AGUAUGGGCAUUUGUUUCAUAGGUAAAAGAAAUUUCCAUGAUUUUAUUGAAGAGUAUAUAGAACCAAAGCCAGGCAAUUUUGUGAAUCUGGUGACUGGAGAAAUAAUGGGACAACACAAAGGUAUACACAGUUUAACACGAGGUCAGAGAACUUUAAUAGGGGGACUUGCCAAGGCAAUGUUUGUAGCAGAAAAGGACAUUAAAACAAAUGAUAUAUAUGUGGUUCAAGGAACAGAUCACCCAGCUUUGUUUACUGAAACAAUGUUUACAGAAGAAGCUCACUGGAUUAAUAAACCACCAAGAAAACUUUUAACAGAACAAAUGUAUGACUGUGACUUUAAAUAUCAGCAUAUUAUGCGGUCGAUAAAGUGUACUGCAACAUUAAGUGGUGGUAAUUCUUUAAUUGUUUCGUUACAAAAACCAAUGAGAGCAAUUAAUGCAGGACAAUAUGCGGUGUUAUUUGACGGUGAGGUUUGCUUGGGAAGUGCAAAAAUACGACGUCCAGGACCAUCUAUGUUUACAAUGGGUCACAGGGAACCAAUGAAAGUUCAUGUCACCUGAUAUUUGUUAAAACUAAUAUAUUUUGAUGUAAAAUAUCUAUAAACUAUGUUUUUAUAAUAAA